AUGGCUUCUCAAUCCCAUUCUCUUCCCAUUUCCACACUUCAAAACACAGGUGGUGAAAUUGCACACACAGAAAAUGUUGAUCAGCAUAAUAGUGAAGAGGAGCUUGGUAAAAGGAGUUCAGAUGCAUCUGUGUUUGUGAACUCAGAACCAAUGCGCGAGGAUCAAAUUCAGAAUGCUGUGAAAUUUCUGUCGCACCCGAAAGUUAGAGGUUCUCCUGUCAUCCAUAGGCGGUCGUUUCUGGAGAAGAAGGGCCUUACCAAGGAGGAGAUAGAUGAAGCCUUUCGGCGCGUUCCUGAUUCAACUUCCAGUGUGCAGACAGCUGGUGUAAAUCAAGAUGGACAAUUGAAGCCAUCUUCAAACAUUCAGCAGCAAGGCCAACCACAGGCUUUGCAGCCGAUUGUACCAGCUUCUGCUGGUGUUAUUACUUCGCUAGGUACCUUGUCACGUCGCCAUUUUCACUGGUCUCAUGCCCUUAUUGCAGUUGGAUUACUAGCUACUUCCGGUGUUGGUACAGUUAUACUAAUAAAGAAUUCUGUUCUCCCUUGGUUAAAAUCCUGGUUGCGCAAUGUUGUCCUAGAAGAGGGGAAUAACCAAUUCAAGAGAACAGACUCAAAACCAACAUUGGCAGAAGAAGCUGCGCAGGCUGCAAAAGCAGCUGCAGUUGCAGCUGCUGAUAUGGCUAAAGCUAGCCAAGAAUUACUGAGUUCUAAAAUUGAAGCCAAGAGAUAUUUUGUAGAAGUUGUGAGCCUUUUGGAUAAACAAGUGAAAGAAAUGAAGUUGAUGACUGACGCAAUAAGAAGAUUAGAAGCUUCCGGUGAACUCUAUGUCUCCAAGCAAGAAAAUCGCCAAGUCACUCAAACAAGUUCAAAGAUACAACAACUGAUUGUUAAUGGGAAGUCAGGCUAUGAAUCUCAAUCAGUGAGAUCUUCUUCCCCUCCUGUAUCUGUUCAAGCAUCUAGUGCUCCUCAUCCAAAAUCAUAUAUGGAGAUAAUGGCCAUGAUUCAAAGAGGAGAGAAGCCUUCUAACAUUAGAGAAAUUGAUGAUUCUCCCCCCAACCCUUAUCAGCAACCAUCAAACCCUCGUCUACCACCUAGGCCCAAGCCUUGGGAGGUUAGUCAGUUGCAAAACACUUCAACCCAAGUCCUCCAGUAUCAAGCAAAUGGCAAGCUCCAAGAUAGUGGUGAGAACUCAGUACCCUGGUGGCAAACGAAGAACAUCAGAAUCAAAGAGAUUGAUAACGAAAUCGAGUAUAACGUAGCAUCUGCUGCAUCCAAUCAGCAGGCAGUCCAACGAUUGUGGGUUCCUCCUCAACCUCCUCCCAUAGCAAUGCCGGAGGCUGCGGAAGCAAUCAGACGCCCAAGGUCAUUAGUGCAAAAGGAAGUGGUUCAGGAUGAUCAGUCAGCACCUCAUUUGUCAGAGUUCUCUAACGGAUCCAAUUCGGAAGAUGCAAUAGAAGGCAACAUCAUCAACUCACUUGUCAGUUCUGGAAAGAUCCAAAAUCAUGAAGAAAGUUACGAAGAAAAAUGA